GGGCGGCGGGACUGCAGUGCCACCGCUCCGGAGGAAGCCCACACGCUCACACGCCCGCGCGCGCACGCACGUGCACACCACGGGCAGCGAGAACACUAGCGAGAGCCCUUGAGUGUCGGACGCGUUUUAGCCAUGGCUUCUGUCCUUAACAGCAAAAUUCACGCGUCCGGGACUUGCCAGGGCUCCAAAGCUGAUGCCCGCGGUGGCACCGACUGGAGAAUGGAUUGGGAUCCCGAGAUGCACGUGAAAAUGUGCAAGAAGAUCGCCCAGCUCACCAAGGUGAUUUACGCCCUCAACACCCGCCAGGAUGAAGCGGAGGCCAGCGUGGAGGCUCUGCGGGAAGCCCACCGGGAGGAGCUCCAGAAGGCCGUGGCGGAGACCGAGGCCAGGCUCCUGCGGGAACAGGGCCACGCAGAGGAGGAGGCCCUGCUCCAGCGCAUUCGGGCCCUGGAGAACGCCUUGGAGCUGCAGAAGAGGCUGACCCAGGAGGCGCUGGCUCAGUCGGCCACGUGCAGGCUGGAGACCAAAGAGAGGGAGCUGAGGGUGGAGGCGGAGCACGCCGAGCGGGUCCUCACCCUCUCCAAGGAGAUGCUGGAGCUCAAGGCCGACUAUGAGAAGAGGCUCCGGCACCUGGCGAGCCACGAGACGCCCCAGUGGGGCCAGCUUUCCCAGGAGGGCCCGGAGCCCAAGGGAGAGCCAGGCCACGGCCACGAGAUGCGGGACGUCCUCCUGGAGGUGGAGAGGCUGCGAGCGGAAAACCAGCAGCUGAGCAAGGACUACGCCCGGAAGGCUGAGGAGCUGCAGGCCACCUAUGAGCGGGACACCGAGGCCAUCCGGCAGGCCAUGCAGCAGUCCGUGAGUGAGGCCCUGUGGCAGUGGCAGGAGAAGGAGACGGACCUCCGCAAGAACUUCCAGGUCCAGGAGUCAGCCCUGCAGGCUCAGGUCAGGAAGCUGGAAGGGGAUCUGGAACACAGGGGCCGCAAGAUAAGUGACCUGAAGAAGUAUGCCCAGAAGCUGAAGGAGAGGACUCAGGACCUAGAUGUGCAGCUCAAGGAGGCUCGGCAGGAGAACUCUGAGUUGAAAAGCACUGCAAAAAAACUCGGGGAGAAGCUGGCCAUUGCCAAAGACAGACUGAUGCUGCAGGAACGUCAUGUAACACCGAAAACCGAUGAAAUGAAGACAGAGCUAGUUGCAGAGAAUGAAGUCCUAGGGAAGGCGAAUGACCUGGAAGGCUGCAGUCUCCAUCCUCAGCAGGACCCGAACUUUCCCAAGGAGUGUCCAUGUACCAAAGGAUGCCCAGAGACACAGACCAAGAAAGAGGCAAGUAUUGAGACGGAAUAUAUGAAGAAGCAAUAUGAAGAAGACCUUCGUAAAAUCAAACAUCAGACAGAAGAGGAGAAGAAACAUCUCAAAGACCAGCUAGUGAAGCGCCUGGAAGACUUGGUAAAGAAGCACGCCAUAGAAAUCAAAUCGGUUCGCUCUUCGGUGGAGGCCGAGAGGAGGAAGCUGCACAAGGAAGUAGAAGCACAGUUGGAGGAAGUGAAGAAGAAAUCAGAAAAUGAGAUCAAGCAGCUGGAAGAAGAGAAAGCAGCCCUAAAUGUGAAGCUCCAGAAUUCUCUGCUCGAGGUUUUAAGACUGGAAGAAUUUAUCCAACAGAAUAAGGUACAUCCCCGAAGAGGCAAAGAAAGGCCCCAGGAAUUGGACAGCCAGCGCUGUAGUAUUUUAGAGACCCAGGAUCCAUGCUCGAAGCUGAAUAAACCUCAGACCCCACCCAAAGGAGAAGAGUACCAGGACAAGUUAGCAGCUGAAGAAGGAACCAGCAGUGAUGAAGAAGAAAGGAUCAAAGUGCCCCUCAAGGAAGGAGAUGGCCUGCAACCUCCACUGAGCUCUUUGCUGGAGGAGAAGGCACCCGACAUCCAGCGUCUGCAGGAGGAGUGGCAAAGCCAGAAGGCCAGAUUGCAAGCCCAGGUCUCCCAGAUGCAGCAGGCUCUGGAGCAGUGCGCCAGCAGCUACCGGGAGGACCUGCAGGAGCUCAAGCAACUCUCCGACCACGAAAGGGAGAAGCUGCAGCACGAGCUCCAGGAGACCGUUCAGCAGAACCAGGCCAUGAAAGCCCAGCUCGAGGCCUCCCACCAGCGAGCCUUGCGCAUGCUUGAGAAGGCCAAAAAUCAAGAACUCAAGGCCGCAGAGGAGCGCCUGAAGAAGGAAGCCAGCCACAGCCUGCAGAUCCAGCACCAGGCGCACCGGCUGGAGCUCCAGGCCCUGGAGGAAAAGGCCCGGCAGGAGCUCCAGGGAGAGCGGGAGAGGACGCAGGCUCAGCAGGCUCUCGUGUUAGAGUCCCUGAGGCAGGAGCUGUCGGAGCAGCGGGCCGCCUGCUCUGGGCACCAGAAAGACCUGGAGGUGCUGCAGGCCGAGCUGAGGGCUCUGGGCAGCUUGGGCAAGCCGCAGGCCACCGCCCAGUGUCCAGGUGACAGUGAGGACCACGCCGUCGCUGCAGAGGACGCGGGCGGCCCGGGCCAGGCGGGCUCCCCGAAGGGCACCGCGGAGCCGGGUCCGAGCGAGGGCUGCGACCCCUGGGAGGAGAACUCGCAGCUCAAGGACGCAGUGCAGCGGCUGCGGGCCGAGGUGGAACAGCAUCAGCAGGAGGCGCUACAGCUCCGCGAGCAGCGCAGGCUGCUGGAGGAGGAUCAGCAAGCCCAACGGGCCCGGGAGGUGGAGAAGCUACGCCAGGAACACCGGAAGGAGAUGCAGGCCAUGGUGGCGGAUUUCAGCAGUGCACAAGCCAGGCUCCAGGCCCGGCUGGCUGCCCUGGAAACUGAACUGAAGGAUUCCGGAGAGAAACCAGGGAAGGGGGCGUCCAGGCCAGAGGACGUUCAGCUCAUAGGCCGCCUGCAGACCCGCCUGAAGGAGAGAGAGGAGAUCAUCAAGCAGCUCAUGGAGGAGAGAAGAUUUCACUGUGCAGCCUUCCCCAGCGCCAUGUCCCAUCGGAACCGGUCUUUCUCUUUCAACCCUCACCCAGGAUAUUUGACCCCCUCCAUGAAGAAAAAGAAGCUGGAGGAAGUGCCCAGCCGAGUGGUCAGCGUGCCAAACCUGGCCUCCUACGCAAAGAAUUUUCUGAGUGGUGAUCUGAGCUCCAGGAUCAACGCCCCUCCAAUAACGAAGUCACCCAGCUUGGACCCAAGCCCUGGCUGUGGCCAGCCUUACAAACCCACCCAGGCUCUAGAUGUGAAAACUGCCACAAGGACACAAGAUGGUGAAACAGCCCAACCCAAAGAAGUCCAGCAGAAACAGGGCUCUGCCCACCAGGAAUGGUUUACCAAGUAUUUCUCUUUCUAAACUGAGUCUCAGGAUUCCAUCACAAAGAGGACACCUGAAACACAUGUAAAGCAUCUGACUGAAGGAAUGAACUAAAAAACUAAAUUAACUUGCUUGUGAUACGAUUUAUAUCUAAUAGCCAAAACAAAUUUUGGCAUUAA